GGUAAUGUUACAGUUGUUGACAACACGUGUACUGAUUGUGUGUUUGUUGUCAAACAUUGUUGUCAUUGACUUGAAGUGACUGUCGAUUGAAUCCAUUGAAUGGUUGGUCAUGUCUUUCGAUGUCCGCCGGUUUGAUGUGUACCGCAAAGUACCCAAAGACCUGACUCAGGCCACUGUGACGGGUGCCGUCAUAUCCAUCUGUUGUCUCCUUUUGAUUGCAUUCCUCUUCAUCUCAGAGUUGUUUGACUUUAUCUCCACUCAAAUAACGAGUGAACUGUUUGUGGAUAACGUGGGAGAGAGCGACAAAAUAGCCGUCCGAUUGAAUAUAUCACUUCCAAAGCUGUCAUGUGUUGUGGUGGGACUCGACAUCCAGGAUGAGAACGGCAGACAUGAGGUGGGGUUUGUGGACAACACCGACAAGAUAGUGAUCAACUCAGGCAUUGGGUGUCGGUUUGAGGGCUCAUUUAAGAUCAAUCGGGUCGCCGGCAACUUCCACGUGUCCACCCAUUCGGCUAAACAACAGCCCGACCACAUCGACAUGACUCAUGUGAUCCAUGAGGUGUCGUUCGGGGAUCCGAUGGAUGCGUUCGACAUCAACGCUAACUUCAAUCCUCUCAAACAAGUGGACAAAACUGGCGCUCAGUGUAAGUGUCAUGUGUUAUAA